UUGAGAAAGAAGAAUUUCUGAAAAAAAUACCAGAUGGUAAAUCCAUCUUCUCUCUCUAUGGUCUCUGUUGGUGGGAAGUUUCAUUUGAGGCUAAAUUUGUUUUAGAGGUUGCAGGCACAGAAUUGUUGAAGGUAUCUUUGUGGCUAAUAAAUACGAAGGCAGUGAGUGGUGGAUUAAGAGUAGGUGUGGAGACGCAAUAAGGACAUGGCUUUCAAGCCAUUGAUUUGGUUUUGCCAGCCGGUGGCUAACGGGGUGUGGACUAGAGCAGUGGCUAAUGCUUUUGGUGCAUACACGCCCUGUGCAACUGAUUCUCUGGUCAUCAGUAUAUCUCACUUGGUGCUAUUGGCUCUGUGCAUCUAUCGAAUAUGGCUGAUCAAGAAGGAUUUCAAAGUCCAACGGUUCUGUCUGAGGUCAAAGUACUAUAAUUAUUUUUUGGCAUUGUUGGCUAGUUAUUCUACUGCUGAGCCACUGUACAGAUUGAUAAUGGGUAUUUCAGUUUUGAAUCUAGAUGGACAGACUGGACUUGCUCCGUAUGAGAUUGUCUCCGUGAUAAUUGAAGCUCUUACUUGGUGCUCUCUGCUGGUGAUGACUGGAGUGGAAACUAAAGUCUACAUCCAUGAAUCUCGAUGGUUUGUCAGAUUUGCACUUGUUUAUUCUUUGGUAGGGGAUGCAGUGAUGCUCAAUCUCAUUUUCACAGUGAAGGAGUUCUAUAAUAGCUCUGUUCUGUAUCUGUAUCUCAGUGAGGUCUUGGUUCAGGUUUUGUUUGGGAUACUCUUGCUUGUAUACAUCCCUGCUUUGGAUCCUUACCCCUGUUACACACCAAUGAGAAGUGAAUCAGUUGAUGAUACUGAAUAUGAAGAACUUCCUGGAGGAGAGCAAAUAUGUCCUGAGAGGCAUGUCAAUAUAUUAUCCAGAAUAUUCUUUUCAUGGAUGAGUCCCCUCAUGAAGUUAGGGUAUAAACGACCUAUUACAGAGAAGGAUGUCUGGAAGUUGGACACAUGGGAUAGGACAGAAACGUUGAAUGAAAAGUUUUGGAAAUGUUGGGCUAAAGAAAUGCGAAGGCCUAAUCCAUGGCUUUUAAGAGCAUUAAAUAGUAGCCUUGGGGGAAGGUUUUGGUGGGGGGGUUUCUGGAAGUCAAUGCAACAAGGUGAUCCAGCUUGGAUUGGUUACAUCUAUGCAUUCUCAAUUUUUGCUGGAGUGGCAGAGCAGCCUACAUUAUCUGAUGUCAAUUUGGAUAUACUAGUUGGCAGCCUCGUUGCUGUAGUUGGUAGUACAGGAGAAGGAAAGACAUCGCUUAUCUCAGCAAUGCUUGGGGAACUUCCCUCUAUAUCUAAUGCAAGUGUUAUUAUUAGAGGAACUGUUGCUUAUGUUCCACAAGUUUCAUGGAUUUUCAAUGCAACUGUACGUGACAACAUUUUAUUUGGAUCUUCCUUUGAUUUGGGAAGGUAUGAGAAGGCAAUAGAUGUGACUGCACUGCAACAUGAUCUUGACUUAUUGCCUGGUGGUGAUCUAACAGAGAUUGGUGAACGGGGAGUGAAUAUUAGUGGUGGGCAGAAACAAAGGGUUUCCAUGGCUAGGGCUGUUUAUUCCAAUUCAGAUGUAUACAUUUUUGACGACCCCUUGAGUGCCCUGGAUGCACAUGUGGGGAGACUGGUUUUUGAUAAAUGCAUCAAGGGAGAACUGAGAGGGAAAACGAGAGUUCUUGUCACUAACCAGCUGCACUUCCUUUCACAAGUCAAUAGGAUUUUACUGGUUCAUGAGGGAACGGUCAAAGAGGAGGGAACUUUUGAGGAACUUUCUAAAAAUGGCAAACUGUUCCAAAAGCUCCUGGAAAAUGCUGGGAAAAUGGAAGAGUACAAGGAAGAAAAGGAAGAAGGUGAUGCAGCUGAUAAUAAAGCCUCUAAACCACUUGCUAAUGGGGUAGGGAAUGAUUUUCCAAAAGAUGCACACAGUGGCAAUAAAAGUGAGGAAGGCAAAUCUGUUCUCAUUAAGCAAGAGGAAAGAGAGAAAGGAGUUGUCAGUUGGAAAGUUCUAAUGAGGUAUAAAAAUGCACUUGGUGGUUUUUGGGUGGUGAUGGUACUUUUUGCGUGCUAUGUCUCAACUGAAGUUUUACGAGUUUCAAGUAGCACAUGGUUGAGUACCUGGACAGAUCAAAGCUCUCCAAAGACACAUGGGCCUGGUUACUACAACUUGAUCUAUUCGCUUUUGUCAUUUGGUCGGGUUAUAGUGACAUUAGUAAAUUCAUAUUGGUUGAUCAUAUCAAGUCUCUAUGCUGCGAGAGGGUUGCAUGAUGCCAUGCUUACUUCCAUACUUAGAGCUCCAAUGGUCUUUUUCCACACCAACCCACUUGGACGUAUUAUUAAUAGGUUUGCAAAGGAUCUAGGUGACAUUGAUCGGAAUGUUGCUACUUUUGUCAAUAUGUUUCUUGGACAAGUGUCGCAGCUUAUUUCUACUUUCAUCUUGAUAGGAAUUAACACAGGCCGUGAAGUAAAGCGCUUAGAUUCCAUAACGAGAUCACCUGUAUAUGCACAAUUUGGAGAGGCACUGAAUGGCUUGUCAACUAUCCGUGCAUAUAAAGCUUAUGAUCGCAUGGCCGACAUUAAUGGGAAAUCCAUGGACAACAAUAUCAGGUUCACCCUAGUGAACAUGAGUGCAAACCGCUGGCUUGCAAUCCGCUUGGAAACACUGGGAGGACUCAUGAUUUGGUUUACUGCAACUUUUGCUGUCAUGCAGACGGGAAGGCCUGAGAACCAGCAGGCUUUUGCAUCUACCAUGGGUCUGCUUCUCAGUUAUGCUUUAAAUAUUACAAGUUUAUUAACAGGUGUACUCAGGCUUGCUAGCAUGGCAGAGAAUAGUCUUAAUUCUGUUGAGCGUGUUGGCACAUAUAUAGAGUUGCCUUCUGAAGCUCCUCUAAUUAUUGAGAACAAUCGCCCACCCCCUGGAUGGCCUUCAUCAGGAUCAAUCAGGUUUGAAGAUGUUGUCCUGCGGUACAGACCCGAACUUCCUCCAGUCCUGCAUGGAAUAUCUUUUACAAUCUCUCCAAGUGACAAGGUAGGUAUAGUUGGAAGGACAGGAGCUGGAAAGUCAAGCAUGCUCAAUGCCUUGUUCCGAAUUGUAGAGCUGGAAAGAGGGAGGAUCUUAAUUGAUGGUUGUGAUGUUGCAAAGUUUGGACUAAUGGACCUCCGGAAAGACCUUGGCAUUAUACCCCAGUCACCAGUUCUUUUCUCAGGAAAUGUGAGAUUUAAUCUUGAUCCUUUCAAUGAACACAAUGAUGCUGAUCUUUGGGAGGCCUUGGAGAGGGCACAUUUGAAGGAUGCCAUCUGUAGAAAUUCUCUUGGUCUCGAUGCUGAGGUUUCAGAGGCAGGGGAGAAUUUUAGUGUUGGACAAAGACAACUUUUAAGUCUUGCUCGUGCAUUGUUGCGGGGAUCAAAGAUCCUUGUUCUUGAUGAAGCAACUGCAGCCGUUGAUGUCAGAACCGAUGCUCUUAUUCAGAAAACCAUUCGGGAAGAGUUCAAAUCAUGUACCAUGCUAAUCAUUGCUCACCGUCUCAAUACCAUUAUUGACUGUGAUCAUAUACUGCUGCUUGAUUCUGGCUUGGUUCUGGAAUAUGAUACUCCAGAGGCAUUGCUGUCCAAAGAAGGAAGUGCUUUCUCCAAGAUGGUGCAGAGCACUGGAGCUGCCAAUGCUCAGUACUUACGUAGUUUAGUACUUGGUGGUGAGGGAGAGAACAAGUUGAGCAGAGAGGAGAAUAACCAGUUGGAGGGACAAAGAAGAUGGCUUGCUUCUUCUCGCUAGGCAGCCGCUGCCCAGUUUGCAAUUGCUGUCAGCCUCACUUCUUCACACAGUGACCUGACAAGGUUAGAAAUUGAAGAUGAGGACAGCAUCUGUUGUUCCUCAACACUCCCCUCCAUCUCCGCAUCAUGUUAUUAUUAUGUUUUGGUCAUAAGAUCAAAUAAAAUAAUAAUUAGUGA